AUGUGUCUCGAUGAAGACACCACCUCGAUGUCCCAGAUGACAUCUAUGCUUCACGACGCUUCUCGGAACACAAAGUAUGAGACGGCCAUCACAAAAGCCAUCCAAGCGUUCAUUCAAGAGCAUGGGAGGCCACCUGUGGUUCUCGAUAUUGGCCAAGGCACGGGGCUUUUGUCUAUGCUGGCCGUUAGGGCCGGCGCAGAGGAUGUGUACGGGGCGGAGCUCUAUGAACCUCUUGCGCAGAUCGCCAGGGAGGUCACAACGCUGAACUGCGGGGAUAGGAUCAAGGUCAUCGCGAAGAGGAGCACGGACCUGCGUGUCGGAGAAAGCGGAGAUCUGCCCCGACGAGCCGACAUGUGCAUCAACGAGAUCUACGACUCCGCUCUCCUGGGCGAAGGGUGCCUGCCCGCCUUCCGUCACGCGCUGGCUAACCUCCUGGUGGACAAGCCGGUCAUGGUUCCUGCCGGCGCCGAGGUCCACGGUGUGCUUCUCUCGAGCAAGUUCCUUCGGUCUCGCCACGAUAUCUCGACAGCGGAGUUCAGUGAGGGCGUCCCCGUUGCCCGCAACCCACGCGCGGCGGCGUGCCGCGGCGGGAGAAGGGCCCUCCCUCUCCAGGGCGCAGAGCUGGAAGAUGCCGUUAAUCUCAGCGAGCCGUUCCAUGCGCUGAGUUUCCGUUUUGGGGAAUCGUUUCCUGAGGAAGGCUGUCGGAGCCGCAAGGUGUGCGUGCCGGGUCGGAAGCAGGCCAUGGAGUCUUAG